AUGGCUCCGCUGCUCGCCUCGGUCGUGCUGGGCCUGUCUCCGCUGUGGCUCGGCUUCAUCGGCUCGCAGUUUGUUUCUGCGUUCGCUAUCCCGUCCCGCUCGAUGGACGAGACGCUCAAGGUGGGCGACGUGGUGCUGGCGGAGAAGCUCUCGUCGCGGCUGCGGCUGCCGCUCGAGCGCGAGGACCUCGUCUUCUUCUCGCCGCCGCGCGAGCUCGAGGAGCUGGUGCGCGGCGGAGGGGGCCGGAUCGGCAGCCGCGACCGCUUCAUCAAGCGCGUCGCCGCGCUGCCCGGCGACACGGUCGAGGUCUCCGCCUCAGGGGUGCGCCGCGCGAAGGCGCGCGUCUUCGGCAACGUCGAGCAGAAGGCGGUCGCGCCGGAGCUGGUGGUGUCGCCGACGGUGGUGCCACCUGGCACCGUCUUUGUCCUCGGCGACUGCGAGGCGAGGUCGACGGACAGCCGGGUGUGGGGUCCGCUCGAGGUGAGGCGGAUCGAGGCGCGGCCCGUCGUACGUUUGUGGCCGCUCGACCGCGCCGGGGCGAUCGAGACGCAGAGCGACCGCAACCCCUUCCGGCGAGAGGCGGCCAAGUUUAGGGCCAGCCUGGACGCGGCCAUUCGAAGGCCUCGGCCGUGA